AUGCGGUACUCAGCACAGCACGCGGACUCUGUCAGGCUGCUGAACGGUUCCAGUCUGUGUUCAGGCGGACUGCAGGUGAAGUCUAACCAGAGAUGGUCCUCAGUGUGUGAAGCUGACUUUGACCUGCAGGAUGCAGAGGUGGUCUGCAGGGAGCUUGGCUGUGGGCCUCCUUCGCUCCUCCGGGGGGCGCUCUAUGGAGAAGCGGAGGCUCCAGUGUGGAGCAGAGAGUUCCAGUGUGGAGGCCAUGAGUCUGCUCUCCUGGACUGUAGAAGCUCAGGCUCAGCUAGAAGCAGCUGCUCACCUGGCAAAGCUGCUGGACUCACCUGCUCAGAGCCUGUCAGGUUGGUGGGAGGAGCCAGUCGCUGUGCAGGUACACUGGAGGUGAAACACCUGGGAGAAUGGAGACCAGUGAUUGGCUCUGACUGGCCUCUGAAGGCAGCAGGUGUCUUCUGUGAACAUCUGGACUGUGGCUCUGCUGUUUCUGUUGGAAAAAAAAAGUCCACAUACAGAUUUGUGUUGAAGAUCAAUCCUGAUUGUUUCAAGCUGAGAUCUUCCCUAAGGGAAUGUGUAGAACCAUCUUACUCUUCCUCUGUGCUCAGUGUCACCUGUUCAGACCUGCUGGCUCAGCCAAGCAUUAUUGUCCCUGCCUCCAUGGACGGAGUCUCCGAGGCACAGCAGCAGGGGCUUCGGGUGUCCAGGGGCUCUAGCUUGACCAUCAGCUGCUCCAUCCAGCCACAGUUCCCAGGAGGCUCCUUCCAGCUCACCUUCACUUCCUCCAACACAGCAUACAACUACACCCAGCCAGCUGUCAAUCACUCUGCCCACUUCCUGUUUCCUGUCACAGAGCCCGCCCACCAAGGAAACUACAGCUGCUUUUAUCGUGUUUAUGUUUUUUCUCACAACUUCUCCUCUGAGAGCCGCCAGCUGUCUGUGACUGUCUCAGGUCAUCCAGAUCCCACAGGCUUCAUCAUCAGAGCGCUCGUCCUGCCACUGAUCCUGCUGUUGGAGAACGUUGUCCUGUAUUUCUACUGUAAGGCCAGCAGGGGGCAGAAGCUGGGCAGACCGGAGAACAACAAGCUGGUUAAUUUUGGUGUUGGUACAGCUGAAGAAGGGCCGGCUAAAGAGGAAGGAGCUCAUCUCAUAUCCAGAUGA